AUGAUGAUUUCUAGUUGGCAGCACAUUCUGGCCCAGGACGCGAGAUGGAACUCGCUGAAGGAUCCCUGCAUAAGGAAUCUAUAUCUCAGGCGGCGCUCUCAACUCCUGGCGGAUGUCGUCGGGGACUCAGGCUCCCAAGGUUUUGAUAAGAACUAUCUGAAACUCAGAGCUCAAAUCUUGACUUCAACCUAUGGCAGUCCCGAGCAGAGGCGGUCGAGCCGGAGCGAUUCUUUCCAGACUCAGGAUCAGUUAUGCAACGAAACACCGGAUAGUGGUCGACCCUGGAGUGCGUCGUCCGUCCACGAAGCACUUACUCCUUCGAAGGAUGCUUACGCCAGCAGAGCAAUGGCCGGCGUGAUGACCGAGAGCUUAUCAUUAUCCUAUACAUUCUCCGGAGUUCACCAUAUAUUCGAACAGUCCUCUUGCGUCAACUGUCUCUCCUUCGCUAACAACAAUCCGGACCUCCUGUGUGUUGCGGAUUCUCAAGGAGUUCUCUGCAUUUACCAAGUCGACCCGCCGAAGGUCCUUCACCGGAUUCCUGCUCACAGCGGUCCGAUCGUCGACCUCGAGUGGUCAAUUUCGAACGAUGUCAUAAUUUGUUGCUCGAUUGAUUGCUCCCUGUCGGUCUGGGACUCGGCGAAAGGGUCUCUUCUGCGCAGCAUCAAGGACACCGUACCGAUCAUGUGUGCUGCUUUCCAACCGGCGAAUAACAACAUGCUUGCGAUGGCGAACGCUCGUGGCCUCGUCCAAGUCGUGAGUGUUUCUACGGGAAUGGUCGUACGCGGUGGAUGUCAGCAACUACAAGGAAACGCUCGCGCUCAAGCUCUGACCUUCUCCAUUUGCGGAACCUUACUCUGGGUUGGAGACGACAAGGGAAGCAUCCACUCAUACGUAUUCGACAUCAGCUCUGGCAAGCUCCUGAAGGGGCGUCGCUUCUGUGCUCCGGAGGGAAAGCCGGUGACUUGCAUUUCUUUCCGUCACUGGGUGAAUCGUCAGGCCCGGGAUCCAUGUCUCCUUGUGAACAGUGGCACUCUACUUCUUGUCUAUGGGGUCGUGAACCCGAAAGACGGAACGCUGGUCCUCAAGAAGAGAAUUCACGUCUGUGCCGAAUCCAAGACUCCCGCUCCUCUGAAAUCGUGUUUCUCGCCCAUUAUGUCCUUCAGGGAUGGAUCGUGCGUCGUCACCGGGAGCAUUGACGGGGGCCUGAUUUUUUUCGACGUCAUUCCCUCCCAUGCAUCAUCACCGGUCAACACUCUGCAAGGACAUUCGAAAACCGUGACCGACGUCGGCUUCGCUGCGGACGAAAAAAUGCUGGCUUCUGCCGACUCCAGUGGUGUAGUGAUACUCUGGAAGAAAGAACCCCGGCAACGCUAAAUCUAUCGGUUUUCUAAGCACUCGAGGAUCUUCCAAUCGGAAGUG